CGCUUGAUUAACUGUUUCUUGAAAUUCAUUUCAUUUAUUAACGCGUUACGCGUUAUAAAGGGCAACUGACACGCAAUGUUGGACAAUACGUCGUUCUUUAUUCUACGUGAAACACCAGAAAUAACUUACUACGUGUGCAAUUGUCCGAGUGUUUUUCUUCUAGAAAAUUUUCACUCUUAUUUCUCUAAAAUAUUCUGUAUCGCAAGGAGUUUCACUAUAAUUAACAGUCAUACACGCUUGGAAAACGCAUCAAUCAUCAAUAAAAUCGAGCCGAAAAUGGAGCAAAUGAUCAAUGUGCAAGUUGAAGACAAUUCGCUCUCAAUAGAAAACACCUUGGGCCCAAUAUCGUACAUCUCCUGGCUCAUGGGCGUCGGCGUUGCACGUCCGCGAAAGUGUCCUAAAGCUGUAACGAUAAUCAUACGUAUUGUUCAUUUAGCUGUGUGUUCCAUUAAGUUGCUGCUCAGUCUGAAUCUUUUUCUAAGUCACGAUGCUGCUUAUACGUUUAAUGACAUUUAUAUGUCCAUGUACACCAUAAACUGGGUGAUUUUCUACAUGGCGGCGUAUUACUACGUUUAUAACGGGAUUAAGCAGUACGACAUGUGGCCGGAGCUAAUGGACAGAUUGAAGGAUCUCGACCAGAAGAUCAGGAAGGAAAUAUCGAUGAAUGACUGGCCUGUAAAAAAAAUCGAGAGGCUAGCGAUAUUCGCGACGUUCGCUUGCUGUCCAUUGCUUUUGAUCGUGCACGCCCUGUAUUAUUACUUUACACGUCCUGAGGACAUUUACGCAUCCGACCUGUUGCUUUACUACCUGUUAGCCCAGUCGUUAAUCAACAGUUUCGUCUUCAACGUUAUCGUGUACGUGCUAUAUUAUAGAUUCCGAACGAUAAAUAAGUUGAUCGACCAAUUGGACAGGCUAUCUGAUGCGUCGUGGUUUGCGCUAAAGAUUAGACGCAUCAGAGAAUUGCAUAAUAGUGUUCGUGUUCUCGUUAUCAUGGUAAACGACAUUUACGGUUUUCAUAUCUUCCUCUGCUCGGCAAGCUGCUUUACUAUGGUUGUGACUACCCUAUUCAAAAUCUAUAUGAGCGUCCAGGAAAAAAAUUACAAAUUUAUAAUUUUGCAUAAUUUUCUUUGGAUUCUGUACAUCACGCAAUUUAGUCUAAUAUGCAGAGUUUGCACACUCGCGCGUGAAGAAUCCCAAAGGACCGGAACAUUUAUAUACGCAUUUGUACUGAAGUGCAGAAACCUGGACGGAGACUGUGUCAGAAACGAGGUUAAUGAUUUUUCAAUUCAGCUGCAACAGUAUCGAGUAUCAUUUACGGCCUGCAACUUCUUCGAAAUUAGUAAUGCUCUUUUCACUGGUUUCAUCGUGAUUAUUACAACUAAUCUAAUAAUUCUCCUUCAAUUUUAUAAGGCACCCGACAAAUUGAAAAAUUUUUUCAAAACUUUAUCAGGUAUAUACACUUAAAUACUUAUUGUUAGAUGUCCAGCAACACUAAAUCUUCUUGCAUUAACUUUGCAUUGUGUAUUGAGGAUAAUAGUUCUUUUAAUAUUAGAAGUUGAUAAUUACAAGAAAUGUAUCUUAUAAAAUAUAUAAAUGGUAGUUUAAUAUCUAAAUUUUUGUAUGUUGAUGCUUGGAUUGACAAAAAUAGCAUAUAAAUCGUGCAAUGUAAGUCGUGUGCGAUAAUUAAAGGUCAAUUACAAUUCAAUAGCAAAAUAGUUUAUUUAUAACAUGAUUGAAAACGUUUUUGCUCUACAUCUUCAUAAGAUUUUGUACAGAAAAAUUCAUUGUGAACCAUGGACCGCAACAUUUUCCAUCCGAGGAGAGGUCAAAUAUCGGAAUUGAUAGUAAAUAACAACAAAAAGUUCUUUUGCUAAUUGAUCAAAAUAUCUAAUUAAUGUGUCAUGAUUAAUCUGUAUAAAAUUAACACUUUAUUGCAAAGUUGAAUUGAAAUGUGUAUAUUUACUAUUGUGUUUGUUGGUGGACAUUUGUUUCAGUGAUCAAUGUUUUCAACUUGUAUCACUUUGUUCGAGAUAGUUCUCGGAAUAUCUCAAUAUCUUUUACCGCAACUAUUUCAUCAUUAGUUGACUGUUUUAAUUUUUAAUUACAUGAAUUAUUUAAAAUAAUUGCUUAUAUUAAAUACAAAUUUUGUUUUAAUACUUUCUAUUGCAAAAUGCUUAUUUUACCUGAUGUGUGUAAAAAUGUAUAAAAUAACAAUGAUUUAAGAGAUUUUUAGGUAUUAACUUUUUAAAGAAGCAUUUUUUUCGUUACAUUUGUAAGAAACUUCCUUUUCAGAAUUGAAUUUUUUAUAAAAACUCAAAGUAUGGCCAAAACAUUCGGGCCCACCUUGUAUACGUAUAUAUUAAAAGUUAACUGCAUUAAUCUUUUAUUGUGCCUUUUUAUUUAACAAAAUUUGAAUUUGUUUCAGCCAGGGGCACAUUUGAUUCUUCAAGUAUAGGACAUAUUUUUAUAUUUAAAAGAAGACUUACGUUAAAAAUUAACUUACAUAAAAGAAAUUAACUUUAGUACUUUCCAUGAUAUUUAAA